GAAGUACGACAUCACUAGCGCCACAAUAGAGGAUCCCUCUUUUCCUUCGGAUAACCUAAUAGCGUGUCCGUCGUUGCGAUAAACGAAGUCGCAAAUCCAAGUCAUGGUGCGAAUGAACGUUCUUAGUGAUGCUCUCAAAAGCAUCAACAAUGCUGAGAAGAGGGGCAAGAGGCAGGUGCUCCUCCGUCCCUGCUCCAAAGUCAUCGUCAAGUUCCUCACAGUCAUGAUGAAGCAUGGCUACAUUGGAGAGUUUGAGAUUGUCGAUGAUCACAGAAGUGGAAAGGUCGUCGUCAACCUCUCGGGGAGAUUGAACAAGUGCGGUGUUAUCUCACCGAGGUUCGACGUACCCAUCACAGACAUUGAGAAGUGGACCAACAAUCUUCUUCCAUCCCGUCAAUUUGGAUAUGUUGUUUUGACUACCAGUGGUGGUAUCAUGGACCACGAGGAGGCCAGGAGGAAACACUUGGGAGGCAAGAUCCUUGGAUUCUUCUUCUAAAUUUUUAAUUUAUAGAAAAUAAAAAAAGACCUGUCUUAA